UCGAAUCAAUUAGAUGAUCCAUAUCAAUCUCAACAAACUUGGCCUUAUAUCAAUAAAACAUACAAACAUCAAGAAAAAUAUUUUGAAAAUUCUUUCUUAUUAUCUACAUAUACAGAAACUAUUCCUAAAACGUACAGUAGACCUCUUGUACAUCAAUAUGAAAGAGAGAGACAGUAUCCUCCUUAUCCAGUUUUUGGAAAUGCGGACUUCGUAGAUGUUGAAACUAGUCAAAACUUAGGAUAUGGUUAUACUUCAAAUUCAAAUUAUGGAGGUUGGUCAAAUGCCGGUCUCGCAAAUUUUAGUAACACUAACAGUCUAUCACCAAAGAUUAGAGUUAUUUUUAUACCACCAUAUGCAUCAUCUCUGGCACAGACAUGUACAGGUCCAUUGAAUGUGCCACCAUUUCUUUUCAAUCAUAUAGCACAACCUUUGUGUUCAUUACCAUUACCACCACCUUUACCACAAAUAUCAUCAUUACCACUUACACCUGCUGUUCAACAAAGGGUCAUACAACAAUAUUCUAAUCCAGUUGCAACAUUUCCCUUUACUCCAAAUUGGCAAUCACCUCAAUCAUUUGCACCAACUUAUCCACUACCUUUACAACAACCAUCAAUGAUGCCAAUGCCAUAUUGUCAAGCACCUCAAUAUGCUUCACAACCAAACAGUAUGCCACUGUUAUCAUCAAAUACAUCACCUUUAUUACCAUAUUCUAAUUCAGUAUCAUCCGUUCCUCAACUACCAAACAAUAACUAUUCCAAUAUAUGUCGUGCAUGUGUACCACCACCACCACUAAAUGUAACAGUUACAGAUCAUUCUAAGUUUCAAAAAUGUUCUACUUGUCAUCACAUUCCUACUGAUGGUUCGAAUCCUAAUGUUCAACUUAGUAAUGAUCGAAGUACACAACUACUUCAUCAUCCAGCAAUACAACAACACUAUCCUCGUACAAAUACAUAUAUGACUAAAUUUACAUGGCCACAUAAAUUACCACCACUUCCACCUGGUGCUGUUAUUAUUUCAGAUGAAUAUAUUAAAAAGCGCGACACAUCAUAUGAUAGCUAUUUUUACUCAAAAAGAAAAUAUCCACAAUAUGGACAGGAUACAAUGAAAACUGCUGUUGAAUCAGACAAAUCAGCAAUUAUGAAUAAAACUAAUCAUAGAAAACAAUCAAACGAUAAGGCAUCUCAGAGUUUUAGUAGCAGUGCCAACAGCCACAGCUUGCUGUUCAAAUCCGCCAGUAGAAGAUCAUUGCCUUCUCUCUAUAGUUGGACGCCACGCGGUUCACGUCAGCCAACAGGACAUUACUGGCAUGAAUCACCAAUAUGUCAUUCAUUUACUUCGCCAAAAUACUCUUCAGAUAACGCAUUCAUGGACAAGUCUAACAAAUAUCAAAUUGGUGUUAUUGAUUCAUAUAAAAGAAAACGAAAUAUUGAUCAUAAUAAACUACUUGAUGGAACACCCACUCGCAAAAUUCGUAUUAUAUACGAACCUUAUAUCUCACAUUGGAUUUCUGAGGUGAAUCAUCAAUUAAAAUCAAAUGAUAAUAAUUCAAAUUCGUUGUCGGUUUCUCCUGCAAUAUCAAACAUUCAUCCAAUAUUCUCAAACAAAAAUAAUCCAAUUAAACAUACAUCACCAGCUUAUAAGAUGUUCCCACUGCUAGAAGAACAAGAAGAAGAAGAGGAAGAAGAAAAUAAGAAAUCUAUUCGUGCUUCUUCUUCAAGUUCAUUGGAAUCCAAACAGUCGACAAAGAACUCAUCUACAAGAAGUACCUGUGAUGUAUCAUACAGUAGUAUUGUCAAUAAUAAAAAAAUGGACCCAGUUUCUACAACAAGUACAUCGACGGAUAAUAGUAACUUCAAACAAAUAAGACUUUUGUAUUAA